AUGGCGGAUGGGGUCUCCGGUCGGCAACCCGAGGUCAUCUGCCACCCAUUGCCAAACAUCGUCUCCUCUGGCUUCGGAGGCCUCGCCCACCCCGUCUCCGCCACGGCCCCUCUCCUCAUGUUUCAGGUCACCGUCAUGUUCGUCGCCACCCGUCUCCUCCACCUCCUCCUCCGCCCCCUCAAGCAGCCCCGCGUCGUCUGCGACAUCCUUGUGAGACUCUCUCUCUCCCCCUCUGUCUCUGUCUCUGUCUCUGUCUCUCUCUCUCUCUAUCUAUCUACUAUCUAUCUUAUCUAUAUAUAUAUAUAUAUAUAUAUAUAUCUAUGUAUCUAAAUCUACCAAUCUAAUCUUGGGCGAUGGGUGGCGGGCAGGCUUCGAUCAUCGUGGGGCCUUCGGGGCUGGGGCGGUGGGAGACAUACAGCCGGGUGAUGUUCCCCAAGGAGGCCUACAACCUGUCUCAGACCGUGGCGCAGUUGGCCGCCAUCUACUACCUCUUCGAGACCUCGGUGCAGAUGGAGCCGGCGAUGCUCCUCCGUUCGGGGAAAAAGUGCCUCCUUAUCGCCGCCGCUGGCAUGGCCGCCCCCUUCCUCGCCGUUAACGCCAUCUUCUUCCCCCUCGCCGGUUACAUCGACGCCGGGAUUGCCCACGGCACCUUCGGCGUGUUCGUCGGCGUUCUCGUCUCCAUGUCCUCCUUCCCCGUCGUCUCCCAGCUCCUCGGAGAGCUCAACCUUCUCAACUCCGAUCUCGGCCGCCUCGCCCUCUCCGCCUCCUUCGUCAACCAGACCGUCAGCUGGUUCAACGUAGCCCUCUUCGACAUCGCUUGGGCGGCGAAGUCCCCCCCGCGGCUCCUGAAGGUCGUCGUCACCAUCUCUUCCAUGUUCCUGCUGGUCGCCGCCGCCGUCUUCCUCCUCCGGCCGUGGGCGCGGAGGAUAAUCCGGCGAACUCCCAAGGACGGGCGGGUCCGCGAAGGGGACGUCUUCAUCGUCCUCCUCGGCGUGCUGCUGAUGAGCUUCCUCUCCAACGUUAUCUGCGGAUCGCCCAUGCAGGGGGCCCUGAUAAUGGGGCUGGUGAUGCCGGACGGGCCGCCGCUGGGUGCGACGGUGGUGGCGAAGGUGGAGACGGUGGUGGCGGAGAUUCUCAUGCCGGUGGCGUACCUGAACUUUAGCUCGGUGGACCUAGCGGCGGUGGUGAACUGGCGGAGCUGGGGGAUCAUGGAGGGGGCGAUGCUGGUGGGUUACCUCUGCAAAUUCGCCGGCACCGCCGCCGCCGCCCUCUACACCGGGAUGCCCUCCCGUAGCGCCGUCGUCCUGGGCACGAUGAUGAACUUCAAGGGCCUGCUGGACAUCGUCUUCAUCCAGAUAUUGAACACCAUGGGGGUACGCGGCCAUGACUCCCCCUGCAUCCAUCCAUACAUCCAUCCACGAAAAUCUUGCUUCGGUUUCUGUUUCCAGGAAAAAAGUAUAACACAUCGAAUUUCUAUGUCAGUGAUAUAUUUGACAUAUAGCGGUUUGCUGAUUAAUUAACUUGACGGUGGGUGGGUCGUAGAUUGAUGAUGAUAUUAUUGUUAUUUCUUAAAAAAUACGAUCUUUUUGGGGCUUGAUUUAUUAGCCUUGAUUCUCUCUCUCUCUCUCCCUCGUUGCGCAGAUCCUGGACCAGAAAUCCUACACGGUGAUGAUGACGAUGACCCUGCUGACGUCGAUGGUGGUGGUCCCUCUGGUGGAGGUCUUGUACCGCCCGAUGGCCGACGACCUCGGCGGUGGCGGCGGCGGCGCCACCGUGCAGCAGAUCUUCUCCGCGGCGGCGGAGCUCCGCGUCCUCGCCUGCGUGCAGAGCGAGGCCCCUGUCCCUUCCAUCCUCCCCUUCCUCGAGGCCUCCCACGCCGCCGCCAGGCCCCUCUGCGUCUACGUCCUCCACCUCGUCGAGCUCAUCGGAAGCUACGCCCCCAUCCUCGUCUGCCAUCGCCGCCCCACCGGCGGCGCCGCCUCGUCGUCCUCCUCCCCCCACCGCGUCCACCCGACGCUCAACGCCUUCCUCAGCUACGACGAGCUCACCGGGAACCGUAUGGCCGUGCAGCCCUACACCACCGUCUCCCCCUUCGCCACAAUGCACCAAGACAUCUGCCGCUUCGCCGACGAAAAGAGCAUCGUCCUCAUCCUCCUCCCAUUCCGCCGCCACCCCGCCGGCGCCGGCGGUGGAGAGAUCACCAGGGAGGAGAAGGCCGUCCGCACCAUGAUCCCGGAGAUCCUCCGCCACGCGCCGUGCUCCGUGGGGAUCCUCGUUCACGACGAGGCCGCCAGCUUCCUCCCCGUCGCCGCCGGCGAGCCGCCGGCGAUUGCGUACAAGGUCGCCGUGCUGUUCUGGGGCGGCCCCGACGACCGGGAGGCACUCGCCUAUGCCUCCCGUAUGGAGAGUAACCCCCACGUCCGCCUCUUCGUCGCCCGCUUCCUUCUCCCCUCGGAUGGCGAUUCCGCCGCCAUCGCUACCGCCGGGGAGGCAGAGGAGGAGCGGCGGCUCGACGAGCAGCUUCUCUCGGAGGUCCGGCGGCGCCCCCGCGCCGAGGUGGCGGAGAUCGUCGUCGGCGACGCCGUGGAGACCAACGAGGCCAUCUGCCUCGCCUGCGACGGGAAGAUGCUCGUCGUCGUCGGCCGGCGGCAGGGGCCGAGCUUCCUGCUGAGUGCGUCGGAGUGGUCCCAGUUCCCGGAGCUCGGGGUGCUCGGGGACAUGUUCGCCUCGUCGGAAUUCAGGACAGCCGCCACCGUCCUGGUUCUGCAGCAGCACCAGCGCUGCUCCUCCCUCAAGGUUUCCACCUGCACCGCGACGAUUUCGACGACGACGACGAAGGAAGUGUGGAUUCACAAUAAGUUCCUGCAUGGGCAAGAAGAAAAGAAAGAAAACAUAAGUUCCUGA